AAUAACGUACACACCGUGAUUUAUACUCGAUAUGUACAUGUUUAAUAAUUGUUGCUGUUUUAUGUCUGACUUUUGUCUCUCGCGUGUCGAAAGUGAUUCAUUUUGUUCAAUUUCCGUCACCCUGUAAUGACUGUAAAUAGUAUAUUUAUGUGUUUACAUGAAGCCAGCAGCACUAACGACAGCUUGUCCGGAGCACUACUCCUUAUUUGACCUGUGCUCCCAAAAUGAAGCCUUAACAGGAGUCAGAGAAGUGAAAUCCUUGGUAAAACAGAAUGCUAACGACGAGCCAACCAGUGAAAAGUUGGGGGAUAAAGAAUCAGGGGUUGCCAGCGAGCGGAAUGUCAGAGAGGUCUCCGACAAGAUGGUGUGCUUGGCCUGUAGAUGUUCUUUUAUUAACCGUGAGGAACAGAUGGAGCACUACAAGCUUGACUGGCAUCGAUUCAACUUGAGACUAAAGAUGUCAGGACUACCUCCAGUCACCACUGAGGAGUUUGAGAGAAAAACUGGAGACGGUGAUUUGUCAAGUAUCUCAGGUUCAGAGUCUGACUCUGAGGACGACGAGGAAGAAGAAUUAGACGGGGACCAAAGGGGAACGAGCUGUCAGGCCGCUGGUGCGGACAAUGGCGACCUGGAUGAUACCAGUUUAAUGACCGGUCGGCUCUCUAGCAAAGUGUUGUUCCAGAACUCAGAAGGACAGUACUUAUCUUUCUACCGCUGUGUCCUACAGGGAAAAUCAGAUGAAGAGCAAGACUUGGCAUCCUCCUUAAAGUCCAUUAACACGAAGACGCUGUGGGUCGUCCUCAUGACAGGCGGUGGCCAUUUUGCUGGCGCUGUGUUCCAGGGAAAAGAAGUCCUUCAGCACAAGACCUUCCACCGAUACACCGUUCGCGCAAAGCGGGGCACUGCCCAAGGACUCCGAGAUUCUCAAAACCGGAGUCACACGCCAAAGUCUGCUGGAGCCGCUCUGAGACGUUACAACGAAGCAGCGCUCGUCAAGGAUAUUCAGGAUCUUGUGGUGACCUGGGCUGAACACCUGAAGGAAGCAUCUGCCGUAUUUGUACGAGCCCCGAGCUACAAUAAAGCUAUCUUCUUUGGCAGCAACACGAGUCCGCUACACAAAAAGGACUCCAGGAUCCGUAGCAUCCCCUUUGCCACACGUCGGGCAACCUUUCGGGAAGUACAGCGGGUACACAAUGUGCUUUCCACGGUUCAUGUCCAUGGGAAGGACACCGACAUGUCAACCUUCAGCAACGUAUCAAAGAAAGCAUGGAAGAAGACUGGCCAGCCGGCAUCACCGCCAAAAAUGAAGCAGGAUGAAGCAGAGGCUCCUCAUAGCAGCUCAGACGAGGAGCAAGUCGGUGACAUCCAGCUCGUCAUGAUGGAGCUGACGAUCGGAACCCAGGACCUCAAAGAGUUUGAUGUUCAACCUUCCAGACAGACUAGGAGGAAGAGAAGGAAACAAAAGAAGAAGGAGGGAGAAAAGAAUGAAGAGGACGAAGCAAAGCUCAGUAACGCCGAGCUGGACAACAAAGACGAGGAAGAAGACGCUCCUCAGCCGACACAAUCAAAGAACAAGAGUAGGCGGAAGAAACAAGCCGAAGAAGCAGUAGAUGACUCAUGGGAGUACGACAUGAGAGAUGCCCUCUUCACAGCCUGCAAAAUCGGGGAUGCGGAUGCCUUGUGCACACUACUCCAUCUUUCCGGAGAGACUCCGGAGCAGUCAGAGGGCGACACUAUGGACGCUGCCAAUCCUUUAAGUCUUCUUAAUAAGCGCAUCGACUCUUCGGGGUUCACUCUGCUGCACGUUGCAUCGGCAGCUUCUCAGAAGGCAAUCAUCAGGCUGCUGUUGGACGCUGGAGCAGACCCGGCACGCAGCGACGACAAAGGGCAGAUGCCGUAUAAUGUCAGCCCUGACAAGGACACGAGGAACGUAUAUCGGAAGUACAUGGGUGACAAUCCUGACAAAUAUAACUACAACAAGGCGCGGAUACCCGGGCCGUUAACAGCGGAGAUCGAAUCUAUGAAGAUGGAGAAGAAGAAGGCUCAAAGGGCGCUGAAAAAACAGCGGGAAAAAACACAAAAGGAUGAAAAGAGGAAACAAGAGCUGGAAGAAGAGGAAAAGAAAAGGUUUGCUGCUUUAUCCGAUCGGGAGAAGAGAGCAUUGGCAGCCGAGAAGAGAUUGGCACAACAAGCAGCUACAGCAGGAGCGAACCCGUUGAACAUCAAGAGGUGCUGGCAGUGUGGAGAGUCUCUGCAGGGAAAGAUCCCAUUCCAAUACCUCGAUUUUUCCUUCUGCACCCCUCGAUGUGUGCAGGCACAUCGGAAAGCUAAUACUCCAGCAGGAAAGAGCUAACAGGAAGGUACUCCAGUUGGACUUUUAUUAUGGCUGUGUCCUUUAUAGCAGGGCUUCCCAAACGGCUGCUGAACCAGGCCACGGAAAUCUUUCAGAAGCAAUUAUUUUUUUAAAAAGUAAAAAAAAAAAGUAAAUAACAACGUAGAAUGUUAUGGAAAUAUGUAUCAAUUAUGGAAAUGUCUGAGAAGUUGGUUGUUUCAUCUUUUCGGAUCAAAAUGAAAAGUAACCACCCGGAAUUGUCCAUAAUGGUAUUGAAGACCAUUCCUGUUCAAUUGUGAAUUAAAUUGAAGGUGCUGCGUUUUACAUACUGAAAAAAAAUCAUAUAAGAAAAAAGAAAAAAUAAGAAAAAAAAAGUUGUGAUAGCCAAAGAAUAAAACUGAAAUACAAUGGGGGAAAAAAUACUGGUAUUUCAUGGGGGUAUGCAUAAUACAGGAAUAGAGUUGUAAUGUCCUUAAGUGAAAUGUCAAAAUUGUCUAUAGAAAUUUGCUAAUUUGAAUCGUGUAAUAUUGCAUUUUCGUUCAAACCCGAGAAAAAAGGUGAUUUCAGGGUGUGUAUAGUCUGGGUUCUUUUCCCGGGUGGCCAUAAUGCUCCUUUAAACAACAGUAGUGUUAAUGCUAAAUCAUUCAUUCAUUCAUUUUCUACCACGGGGGGUGCUUGAGCCUAUCCCAGGUGUCUUGGGGAGAGAGGCGGGGUACACCCUGGACUGGUGGCCAGCCAAUCACAGGGCACAUAUAGACAAACAACCAUUCACACUCACAUUCAUACCUAUGGACAAUUUGGAGUCGCUAAUUAACCUAGCAUGUUUUUGGAAUGUGGGAGGAAACCGGAGUACCCGGAGAAAACCCACGCAUGCACGGGGAGAACAUGCAAACUCCACACAGAGAUGGCCGAGGGUGGAAUUGAACUUGGGUCUCCUAGCUGUGAGGCAUGCAUACUAACCACUCGAUCACCGUGCAGCCCUAACAGUAAAUCAUUCAUUCAUUUUCUACCGUUUUUCCUCACGACAGUCGCGGGGGUGCUGGAGCCUAUCCCAGCUGUCUUGGGGCGAGAGGCAGGGUACACCCUGGACUGGUCGCCAGCCAAUCACAGGGCACAUAUAGACAAACAACCAUUCACACUCACAUUCAUACCUAUGGACAAUUUGGAGUCGCCAAUUAACCUAGCAUGUUUUUGGAAUGUGGGAGGAAACCGGAGUACCCGGAGAAAAACCCACGCAUGCACACAGGGAGAACAUGCAAACUCCAUACAGAGAUGGCCGAGGGUGGAAUUGAACUUGGGUCUCCUAGCUGUGAGGCAUGCAUACUAACCACUCGACUACCGUGCAGCCCUAAUGGUAAAUCAUUCAUUCAUUAAGUCAUUUUCUACCGUUUUUCCUCACGACGGUCGCGGGGGUUGCUGGAGCCUAUCCGAGUUGUCUUCGGGCGAGAGGCCGGGUACACCCUGGACUGGUGGCCAGCCAAUCACAGGGCACAUAUAGACAAACAACCAUUCACACUCACAUUCAUACCUAUGGACAAUUUGGAGUCGCUAAUUAACCUAGCAUGUUUUUAUACCCGGAGAAAAACCCACGCAUGCACGGAGAGAACAUGCAAACUCCACACAGAGAUGGCCGAGAGUGGAAUUGAACUCGGGUCUCCUAGCUGUGAGGCAUGCAUACUAACCACUUGUCCACCGUGCAGCCCUAAAUCAAAGUCUUUGAUAUACAAAACAGGAAACCAUGGGUCGGAUGUUACUGUCCGCUUCCAAACUCAUCAUGACUUGUCAGCUGCAACUUUGAGCAGAGGUCUGUCCAUGAAGAGGACCCUUAAAUGUGCUGGCGCCCCCUCCAGCUCCAGCACUGUAAUGUUGUUUGGAAUGGUGGUGCUCAGCAAGGGUCCGGGAACAUACAGGGUCUGUUGCGGGCCCCUUACUGGCCAGUAUCGCCCCAGAUUCACGCCAUUAAUCCAAACCUGACCCUGGGGAAAAAAAAAAAAAGAACCAUCAUGACACGGGUACAAAUCCUUUAAAUGGGUCACCCUACCUUUGUCCAAUCCGUAAGCCUGAGAAAGGUGUCCCAUGUGACGCCAUUGGGCUGCAGUGUCCCCAUGUAGAAAGUGGGCCCGACAGAAGGUCCGACUUUAAGUUCAGGAGGGGACUCUUUGUUAAGCGAGUGAGGCCAUCCAGCAGCAAUGGCUCCAUCGAUGUUCAAGGGGUACAUCUUCCAGUCAGUUAGUACAUCCUGACCCAAGAUCAGGUUGCUGAUGAUCCCCUGGAAUGAUAUUAUGGAUUAUGGAAGAAAAAAAAUAUGUUAUAUUGCAUCUGUUUACCUUGUAGUCAUUAAUGUGGCUGCCAAAGUCAACCCUGCCCAUAUUCUCCACAAGGAUCUCCACAAGGUCCCCCUGCCGUCCAGUCACGUUCAUCACCAGUACAGUGUCCCUCUCUAAGAGACCCCGGAAGACCUGUUCACAAAAAAAAAAAAUCGCUUAUUAGAUACAAUAAACACCUGAAGAAUAAGCACUGACCUCUCCGCCACCCCUAACCUGACCCGCACCCCCGAUGAAGCAUACAACAAAGGUCCAUUGUGAGGGCUUACCCCAUUGACAGACACAUACGCACGGUCAUGAACUCCAUUCAUCGGAGAGAUGAGCGGCGUGGGCUCAGUGAGGUCCCGAGGCAGCACGGUCUGAUAAAGCACGUAUCCAUAGAACUGAACAUAACAGCCUCGUUAGCUUUCAGACACACAGGCGUUCCGGGAACUUCUCCGUGUUUCAAGACAUAUAUUUUUCGCAAUUUGUCAGAGCGACACUACCUGUUUGAUAUCCUCAAAGGUCAAAGGGUACCGAGACUGUACAGGCUUCGUGGGGGAAAGGGUGUCCAACAAGCCGCUGAUGUUGCCCACCUGUAAUAUAAUGUAUUUUAUGCAUAAAAGGCACUUAAAGCUCCACCCCCUGAAAUUACAAAAUGUAAUUUUCACUGAUACUGCAGUUUUGAAUGUAAAUAUCACUCUUACUAUCCUAAGAUACAUUAUCUAAACCAGGGGUUCCCAAACCUUACCAACUCAGGGCCCACUUAUAAACAGUACAUAGACAAAAUGCUGCGUUCUCAGAGCACUUAACUUAUUAUUAUUAUUACAGUAAACCUCGGAUAUAUUGGAUUAAAUUGUUCCCACUGGUUUUGUCCGAUAUAAGUGAAAUCUGUUACCGGAAAAUGUCAGUUUUACGCAUAUAUCGGAUUUAUAUCCGGUAUAUGCGUAAAUCGGAUUUUAUCCGUUAUAAAAAGGCACUUCCUUGACUAUGUUUCCAAUGUACCUGGACGCGCAGGCAACGCUGCAAAUGACGUCGUAUAGCAGCCUGUCACGAUUCGGCGAAUCGGAGCGCCACGAUGCGGCCAUCCGAUAUAUGCGAGGGAAAUUUAAUGGAAAUGCAUUGGAACGGGACUGGAGAUUUUGUCCGAAAUAGGCGAAAUCCGUUAUAAAAAAUCCGAUAUAUGCAAUGAAUUUUUAUUGGAAAUGCAUUACAGAAAAAUUGGUUCUUUUUUAUCUGUCCGUUGUGAGCGAAUUUCCAAUAUAUCCGAGUCCGAUAUAUCCAAGGUUUACUGUAUUAUUAUUAUUAUUAUUAUUAAAGAUUCAGGAUUGAAAUGAAAGCAGGGGGAUAAAGGAAGCCCAAACUUUUAAUCUGUGGUGUACACACAAGACGGAAUUAAUUCUCAUACUUUUCAUAACUGCAUUCAAGACUGGGCAUGUUGACCAGAGAGCUACUACGUUCCAAUCAUAAUAUAUGAUAUAUGAUAUAUGACUGUAUAAGGUUCCUAAAAUAUUGUGACAGGUCAAUAACACUCAAUAUGUUAUUAGUUAGGCCUAUAAAUAUAUUUUUUAAUCAUGCAAUAAAAAUAAUUUUUGGGCGCACGGUGGGCGUGUGGUUAGCGCACAGACUUCGCAGCUAGCAGACAAGGGUUCAAUUCCACCCUCG